AUGGCGAGUUCAGAGGAGGCUGGCUUGGCUGGUUCUGUAGAUGGCUUGAUGGUUUCUGAUGGGAGGCCUGGACAAGACGGCCGUGAUAGAUUCUCGGGUGCUUUAGGGGCAUAUGCUAGAAGAAACGACUCAGGAAGUGGCGCGGUUCAAGCUGAUCGAUCUAGACCAAGAACCUCAGAGAAUGUAUUAGCAUCAUCAAAGGAUACUGCACCACCAAACCACGAGAGAGUUGAAAGACCAAUCUCUUCAACAAGACACGCAGGUUCGUCAAGGAAAGCCAUUGUCUCGAGCGUUAGAGCCACUUCUUCAGCUGACUUUACAGAGAACCGCUCGAGCAGAAUUGUCCCAAACAAUGGCCGUUCCUCAACCGCUCAACGGACUCAGCUUGUUCCUGACCCGACCGCUAGACCAUCAUCAUCUUCUUCUUUCGCCCGAGCUGGGCCAUCAAGGACUUCUCGUGAAACCACGCUCCAGAACUUUGAGCUACUUACCAUAGGGAAUGGGAAGAGGAAGUGA